CUUUAGGAGAAAACACGAGCAUCUUCUAUCUAUUAUGCCCCACCUCUUUUACCUAGCAAUGUCAGUUCCUUGAGCUCUGAUUGGAGCAACUCCCGUCAAUCACGAUUUGUAGCAAGUUGGGUUGCACGUCAUGGUUGUUGAUGUCGCUGUCAGAAGUCAACCACGCAGACAGAAGACAGCAAGCAGGUAACAAUGCAGUUCCUAGGCCGGCUGUUGGACACAGUGUCCUCUGUUUCAACCCUCUUUACCAACCCCUACCGGGUGAGGGAUGUCCCAUUGUCCGACUACAGUGGAGGAGGCAAAGUCGUGCUGAAAGAGGAGGGACGCAUGGUACUGUACAAAAACACCCAGUGCCAGUCAUUGGACUGUCUGCUUAUGUGCCCUGAGACGCCUAAUAUGACUCUAAGGCUGUUUCAGGUGGCGUCGGAGGGUGACGCCAUGAACUGGUUCCCCCAAUAUGCCCUCAAGCUCCGCCCCUUCUACGAGACACUGCCUCUGAAGGCUGAGACCACCCAGCCCAUCGUGGACUGCAUCCGCAACCACCCGGACUGGAGUUCUGCCCACAUCGCCGUGGAGACAGGCCUGAGAGAGUGUCUCAAACAUAACUAUGUCCAGAGUCAGAUCAAUGCACGGGAUGCAUCAGGUCAGACGCCGCUGCACCUGGCAUGUGAGCGUGGCGACUCGGCGUGUGUGAAGGAGCUGUUGGAGGAAAGCCAGGCUCGCACCGACAUCAGAGACCGCAACGGAGAGACACCCAUGCACUGUGCCGCCAAGCAGGAUACUCCUGCCAUCAUCCAGGUCAUGUGCUCCCGGAUGUGCUCGGGGGUGGAUGAGCUGAACAACAACGGGGAGACGCCGCUCCACGUGGCCUGCCGUCUGGGACGCGUGGAGUCCGUCAAAGCUCUGUUGGGCGGCGGGGCUAAGUGUGGCGUGGUCGGCGGUGCUGGCUACCCCAUCCACAGUGCCAUGAAGUACAGUGAGAAGGGCUGUGUGGAGGAGAUCCUCAAAGCAGACCCGGGCCAGCUCCAGGCGGAGGACUCUUUGUAUGGAGGGACGCCUCUCCACUGGUCCAAAACUGCUGAGAUGUGUCGUCUGCUGCUGGAACACGGCUGUGCAGUGAACUACCUCAGUAAGACCGGAGAGAGCGCCCUCCAUAUUCUGACCAAGAAGGGCCGCUUUGAGGCGGCCAUGGUGCUGCUCACCCACGGGGCGAACACCAACCUGAAGGGCCAGGAUGGAAACACAGCCCUGCACCUCGCUAUGAAGAUGGACCACAUGGAGUUGAUCAAAGCUCUGAUUGUGUUCGGGGCUGAUGUGGAGAUCCACAACGACCUGGGAGAAACCCCUGGACUCAUCGCUGCUCGCAUCAGCAAAGGUCCUAAUAGAAAGAUACUGCUGGACAUGCUGUGUAGUGUAGGGGUCCAGCGGUGCCUCCCACCCUCCCCCGGCAGUCCUCCCCCCUUCUCCGACAAGGCCAAGCCUGCAGGCAUAGGGUUCGAGGACAUCGUGUAUAUGGGGGCUGCAAUCAGUGCUAUGAGCAGAGGCAAAUCUGAAGUGGAUGGCCCCAAAAUGGAGACAAGAAAUAGGAUGGACAGACUGCUAUGUCUGGAUGGUGGAGGUAUUAAAGGCCUGGUGUUGAUCCAGAUGUUGAUCGCUCUGGAGAGAGAGGCUGGUCGACCAACCAGAGAGCUCUUUGACUGGGUGGCCGGCACCAGCACCGGGGGCAUCCUGGCCCUCGCUAUAAUCCAUGGUAAGUCCAUGGAGUACCUGCGCUGUCUGUACUUUAGGAUGAAGGAGCAGGUUUUCAAAGGGUCCCGCCCUUAUGAAUCAGCACCACUGGAGGACUUCCUAAAGAAAGAGUUUGGAGAGAACACCAAGAUGACAGAUGUUCAAUACCCCAGGGUGAUGGUGACCAGUGUUCUAGCAGACAGACAUCCAGGCGAGCUGCACAUCUUCAGAAACUAUGACCCUCCCUCCGUCCAAAGAGUGCCCCCAUAUGCUACCACUGCCACCUUCAAGCCGCUUGUCACGCCACAAGGAUGGGAGGAUGAGGAUGUGUUGAUAGUAGGAUACACAGAGGAGCCGACCAAAAAGCGUAGGAAGGUGACAGAUGAAGAACAACUUGUGUGGCGAGCUGCCCGCUCCAGCGGCGCCGCCCCCACCUACUUUCGACCAAUGGGCCGCUUUUUAGAUGGAGGGCUACUUGCCAAUAACCCGACGCUAGACGCCAUGUCAGAAAUCCAUCAGUACAAUAAAGCUUUAAAAGCAGAGGGCCAUGGAAAUGAAAUCAAAAAGUUGGGUAUAGUGGUCUCCCUUGGUACAGGGAAACCUCCUCAGGUGGUGGUGAACUCGGUGGAUGUUUUCCGACCCUCCAACCCUCUGGAGCUGGCUAAGAGCAUCUUUGGAGCCAAGGAGCUGGGCAAGAUGCUGGUGGACUGUUGUACCGACUCUGAUGGCUGUGCAGUGGACAGAGCCGGAGCCUGGUGUGAAAUGAUCGACACCAUCUACCGCAGAUUGAGUCCCCAGUUGUCUCAAGAGGUGAUGCUGGAUGAGGUGAGUGACGCGAUCCUGGUGGACAUGCUGUGGGAUACCCAGAUGUACCUGUAUGAGGAGAGGGAAACCCUUCAAUACUUGGCAAAGGCGCUGCUGGACAAAUGAAAGCACGAGAAAAUCACAAGGAGAGGCUGCGAAGAUGGGACCAUGAGAGCCGAAGAGACGGAGAGUAUGAGAGCAAAUGCACGUCCCGUGAGCGGAGUCAAAGCCAAGAGGGAUUGGACGAGUCACAAAGAUUAGUGAGACGUGUCUGAUUCGAGAUUGUAACGUCUGUUGAUGUGCUCUUUCUUUCAAACUCCUUGAGACGACGCGACCACAGCGAUUCUCAUAUUCCUGCUGAAAUGUCAAACAGUUUACAGUAGCAAAUGUGUGAAUCAAGGCAGACAAUGAAGACUAACAGAAGUACAACUGACUUAACGUAGCCUACUGAAAGACAAGUUGUGUGGAAUCAUGCAAUAUUAUCACUGACCUUAUCACUAGUAUGGUUGGUUGAGUUUACUAUUUGUACAUACACCAGUAAAGAACAGUGUUUAGCUUUCCUUUCUUCAAUAGGUGAGUACAGGGGAUGUAUGAGGAAGUGGCAUCAACCAAAUAAAACUAAAAGUAGCACACAAUGACUCAGGCCACAUCCAUUGACAGCUAACACUCCCCCUCCCCCACUCUUUAGUGUUUGGUGACAAAUAGAAUCUGAGCUCGAAUCACAUUCUGAGUCGCUGCGAUAAAACCAUAACACCUCCUCAUUCCUCCUGUUUUUUUUAAAGUAUAAAAGUAGCAACCAAGACAUUUGUUACAAACAUUUGAUCAAAGGGACCAAGCAGUACAAGUACACAAUCUUAAGUCUACUGUCAUAUAGCUUGGGUGAUUAUCCAGUUCUGCCUUAUGUGUGUGAGACCCACAUCUGUACUGUUUCUCAUGCCUUUUACUGUCUAAUUUAUUUAUACUGACUUUAAAAUUAUUUAUCCUCACCCAUUGAUAACUUGCUAACAUACUGUUACAAGCUCUCAGCCUACUAUAAAAGUGGCUUGAGUGCAUAUUUAACACUUACUGUGACAACUGGAUUAGAAACCAGACUUGAAUUUUCAACAUACUUGAAAGACAAAAAAACAAAAGUCCCACAGCAACUUGCAUAACAUAAACUUGAGGCUACAUAUUAGUUCCAGUUUUUUUGUAUUUGGAUUAAUUACUGAAGUGUAUACUUGUAUGUAUGGGAAUAAAAUAUAUUAAUAUGG